AUGAUGGUGGAACAGCUGCAGAUGCGGCAGAGAUUGGUGCAGAGCCAGCAGGAGCUGAGGUGCUGCCGGAAAGAGGAAGAGCGCUCGCGGGCAAGGUGUUCCCAACUGGAAACGCGGUUGGCUGAAGCUCGAGAUUGCCUGGAGGAGCAAAAAAGUGUGACGUCAUCAAUGAGACGCGCUGCUGCGAGAGCUCAUGAAGAUGCCGAAGCCGCGCGUAAGCAGGUGGAGGACACCAAGGCUCUCAUGUCCCGACAAGAGUUCGAGUGCCGGCGACAGGUGUCCCUCCUAGAGGCACGCCUCCUGGAGGCCGGGGUCCGAAACUCCCGACGGAGAGACUUACUGCAGCUUCAGGCAUGUGCCCAGGAGGAUCUGGUGAAGGCGCUGAGGGAACCCGUGCUGCCGUCCACUUGCGGCGACACAGUCGUCAGCGACGUGUCGGAUCACAGCCUCCGCGCGGAGGAGGUUGAGAGACCGGCCGCCGCGGCGGCCUCCGCCUCUGACGAAUGGCGGAGCAGCCGGUAGCGGUUGCGACGGCGCCGGGUGUGGGUUCUGCUGCGCUUCGGACUUGUCCGGCUCGGGAAAUGCCCGCCACACGAAGAUGUAAGGUGGUGGCGCCAAGGGUGGCGGUGAAACCGAAGGACGCGAAAACUAGCGACGACUGCUUAUUGGCGACGGCGAGGAUUGGUGGCGUAUUCCCACGCAUCUGGCGGAUGCUAUUUGUUUGUUGACGGCGUCGUCUGGUGUGUCCACGGUUUUGCGUCGAGGAUACGGUGGUUGGAUUGAGCUUAGCCACCCUUCUUCCCGUAAUCGCGGGGUUUUAUGUGGUACUCGUGGUCUAUCCCCUUUCCGCGAAGUACCCGGUGGGUUGACUGAGUUGUUCAAAGGUGGAAGUUGCGACGAUCUGCUUAGUCUAAUGGGCUACCUAGUCCAUUUACCCGAAGCAGUCAGCCAUCAUCAAUCGCAUUGAAUGAUGCUUGUUGUGCCCCUCCGGGGCAGUCGGAUGAUCUUGGCGUACCUCCUUCGCCGCAGGGUGGGCAACCCCCUUCGCAGAUACCCCCUUAUCUCGCAUGUACAGUUCUGGUAGCACACUCGCGCGAGGUUGACGGUCACCUCCCCAUUUUUGUACAGAUUGUGUGUUGUGGUAACGAUGUAUGUAAUUCGGCAUUUUUUGUCUUUCCCAAACAUUCGGACAAAUGCUCCUGGUGUUUCCUACUGUAGCAUUUUCAGCAUUUUGGUGUAUGUCCACGAACUGUUUAUACUCCCCAGACUAGUUUGUCUUGUGAAUGCUCU